AAGCGACCCAAUUACCAAACCGGAAGUUCAGAUUUUGUUGUUGAUGUUUUUAAAUCUGAUUUUCAAUUAGAGUGUUUUGGGAGUUAUCUUACGAAAAUCUAAAGAAUAAUUACUACUGAAGAAACAAGAACCUCUCUUUCUGAUAUACAAUGGCUUCUGGACCACCGCACAGUCCGAGAAGUGCAAGACGUAAAGCAAUGAAAGUCGCCGUUUCAGGAUUGUGCUGUGAAGUUGGAUUUCAAGCUGCAGAUGAAAACGCAAUUGAAACACUUCUUGAAAUGAUGCAGAGCUAUGUGUGUGAGCUUGGUAGGAGUGCCAAGGCUUAUACAGAGCUUGCGUGUAGAACAGAAUCCAUGCUGACUGAUGUUGUCAUGGCCAUGGUAGAAAUGGGUUGCGAUGUUCAGAGCCUACCUCACUAUGCCAAGAGAGACAAUAGAAAAGCUUUCAUGCCUCCUGUUCACAGUCACCAGCCAGGUACCCCAAGGGUCCUUCAGGCAGGGAAGCGCGAGAACCACCCCACCCACGUACCUGACUACCUACCUCCAUUUCCUGACCCACACACCUAUGUCAGAACAGAGACGCACAAACAGCCAACCAAUGAUUACCAGACAUUACGAGAGAAGGCAGCCAAUCAGAAGAGAGAUAUUGAAAGGGCAACAUCUAAAUUCAUGGCGAAAACAGGAGAAACACAAAAAAUAUUCAAAGACGAUAUUACAAAAGAAUCUCAAGAGUUUUUAUUGAUAUCCCCAAGGCCUCAAAAGAUGCCAUACUUAGAUGCACUUCUACCAAAGUACCAUCAUGAUGUUGAUGGUUUAGAGAUUGGCAAGGAGACAACCCCAAAGGAGCAGAUAUCUGGAGUCAAUGUGCCUCUACCAGGCACCGUCAUACCCACAGAUACUGAAGUAAUAACAGACAAUCCUUAUCUAAGACCCAUCAAAAUGCCUAGGUUAAAAAAGAAAGGAGCAAAAUUAUUUUAGAUAUUUAUAUUUGAGGUUCCUGGGGUAGCUUUACAUGAACUGUGUUAAUGUGUUUGUUGUCAUAGAGGCAUGGUGAAUUUAGUAGUCUGAUACAAAACAAUUGUAUGUA